AUGGCGGCUGCUCUACUCCUGGUUGCGUCUCUGCUCUCCUCUGUCGUUGCUCAGUCCGUCUCUCUUGGCUCUUACGGUAUCACGGUCUAUGCCACCGAUCUUGGCACGAAUGUGCGCUUUGAGAUUACCGGUCCAUCAACUAUGGGCUGGUUCUCCAUUGGGCUUGGCAACAGCAUGAGCAGCGCUGACUGUCUAUUCGUUUAUCCUUCCUCUGGCUCUAUCGGUGUAUCUCGUCGCUACAGUUCUGGCCAAAACAGUCCAAAUCCAUACUCUACCCAAAACGUAGCUCUUUUGAGCAACAUGUCGUCCAUAUCUGGUUCGACCAUGACUGCGGUCUUUUAUCGACCGAAAGCUGCCGUACUGACAAACGAGAAAUCUAUAACUGGCUCGCAGACUUGGAUUUGGGCAUACUCGGGGUCCUCUGUUGGAAGUACCAGCAAUACUGCUGGACUCUCACAGCACGGCCGCUCGGACUGUGGCAACUUCCAAACCAACUUUUUGUUGUCAAGUGCAAAUCCAUCAACUACUUCAACGAGCGGUACAAACAGCACUUCUGGAUCUGGAACCACAGUCAGUGUUGGAGGAGGCUCGUCUUCAGAAGACAACUAUCAGCGCUUGAUAAUCAUACAUGGUCUUCUCAUGUUUUUGGCUUGGGCUGUGUUGUCGCCUUUUGCUAUUAUUGCGUCUCGAUACUUUAAGGCUGUUUUGGGUAUCUGGUGGUUUAGAAUCCACUACGGUACAUUGUCACUAGUCAUUGUCUUUACCUUCAUUGCUUUUGGACUGGCGUAUAUUGGAAUUGGCAGUGGAGACCAUUUCGACUAUGCAUCUCAAGGAGUCCACACCGUACUUGGUUUGGCCAUUGUAAUUGCCGCUCCAUUUCAAGGAUUCUUGGGCAUGGCAAUCAAUGCCUUGUUCAACCCUGAACGAAAAGGCAUACCUGCACAUGAUAUGGCGCAUUGGUGGAUUGGUCGUCUUAUUAUCAUUGCUGCCAUGAUUGAUAUCAUCUUUGGGCUACUCUUGUAUCAAAACCGUGGAUAUAAUGUUCCUGUCUGGAUAUGGAUUGCCGUCGUCGUAGUCCUAAUUGCCGCCUUCGCAACCUACUUCUUCCUGCAAUUCACAGUCGGCGUACAACACCACGUCGCUGGCACCAUAGGCCACGACGCAGCCAUCCACAGUCCACCCGCACCACAAACAACAUACACCCGUCCACACUUCCAAGGUGAUGCAGAACCAGGAUUUUUGCGUCAGCAACAGCAGUAUGCCCAAUACCCACAGUAUAAUACAUCACCACCACUAUCCAUGAAUCAACACUAUAACGGAGGAAGCUAUUUUGUUCAACCACAUCAACCAUACCCGCAGGGAAGCAUGUCACCACGAGCUGAUGCGAGAAUACCAUCUGCUCCGGCUGCUACUGCUUCGAUGGCGAGGAGUCAGGGACAGAGAAUGAGUCGACAGCAGCAGUAUUAUGAUAAUUGA